UGCGGUUGACAGUUGCAAACUUCUUAUGACGUCAAUAAAUGUCAAGCACGUUUCCAAGCACAAAAAUCGUGUCCGACUUUCGUUGCAAUAUGUCUGUUCUGUAGAAUCUACUUUUCCCAUCCUUAAAGGGAUCGUUCAAUAAUGUAAUGAUUUUGUGAAUCUUUCAACAAUUGACUUAUGUGACCAUGGCUAGUCCACGGACCCGACGAAUGCUGGGUGAAUUGAAGUUGAAAGAUGAGAACAAUAAAUGCUUUGAAUGCAGCAGCCAUAAUCCACAAUGGGUAUCUGUGACAUAUGGAAUCUGGAUAUGUUUGGAAUGUUCGGGCAAACAUCGUGGCUUAGGAGUACACUUGUCAUUUGUCCGUUCUGUCUCUAUGGAUAAAUGGAAAGAUGUGGAACUAGCAAAAAUGAAAGUCGGUGGUAACAGAAACGCUCGAGAAUUUUUCGAAAGUCAACCUGACUGGGAUGACUUUAUGUCUAUCUCACAGCGUUAUAAUACAAAAGCUGCAGCAUUGUACAGAGACAAGAUCGCUACAUUGGCACGAGGAGAAUCUUGGAGCCCAACUAGUUCAACAGCAAAGGAUUUUGAGCCUUCAACAUUUACUGAAAAUAAGCAAGAGCAUUCAUAUCAGAAUGAUUUGUCUUGUUCUUAUCAAAAUAUGAAUUCCAACAGCCUAAAGACACAAACGGAAUCUUUUUUUGCGAAAAGACAAAACGAAAACGCCAAUCGUCCAGAUAAUAUUCCACCAAGUCAAGGUGGCAAAUAUGGUGGCUUUGGUUAUCAAAUGGAUCCACCGCCCAAAAGUUCGUCCCAGGAAUUAUUCGAUACUGCAGUUUCUUCAUUAGCGACUGGUUGGUCAAUAUUCUCUUCUUCAGCGUCGAAAAUUGCGAGCAAAGCUACCGAAAAUGCUAUUAAGAUCGGAGGACUCGCUACGCAAAAGGUUCGAGACGGUACAUUGUUAGAAGACGUCGGGAGCCAGGUUAAUCAUUUGGUUACAAAGGUAGGGGACAUAACUAGACGAGGAGGAUGGGGUGAUAUUGCCGGGACCAAUUCAGCGGAGCAACAAAAACAGUAUGAUUCCACAAAUCUGUAUCAAUAUUCUUCUAACUGCCCUAAUGCGUAUCAGAAUAGCGAUUCGAUGCAGUCAAAUCGCUCGAAUGAAAAAUCAUCUCUUGUGAGAAGCUCUAGUUCAAAGAGUAAUAUUUCUACUGGAGGUUUCUCCAAUACAUCAAAUUGUGAUUGGGAUUGGAACAAUGACACGAAGCAAGCAAAUAAAACAGUAAUAUCGAAGAAACAGUCAAAAGCAGAUAAAAAAGAAGAAUCAUUGAUCAGUUUUGAAACAGACAAUAAAGCACAACAAAAUUGGAACUCUAAAGCAGAAGAUGAUGCCUGGGAAAUACUAAACAAUUAAUUAGACAAAUAUAAUCAAUACGAAUUAGAAAAAAAUAUUAAUACGUAUAAAUAUUGACAAAUUAAAGAAAAGAC